AUUACUAAAGUAAAUUUAAAAAAAUAAGCAAGCGCGUCGGAAAAUUCGUGGCGUCUGUACCUCUACGUCGAAUAAGUGUGCUGUUUUUCUUUGUUUUUGUUAUGGAAACUUAAUCUAAUAAGUUUAUACCGUACAUAAAUUGUUAAUCGAAACAAAAUGUCUCGCGAUCCUCGUGACCCGCGAAAUAAAUACUUGUCAAACAGAGACCGGGAACGAGACCGUGAUCACAGGGAUCGCCCUCCUAUUUGGGGCCGAUCGGAUUACCAUCGCAGCCGGCCGCUGCCCAGGAAACGGAGUCGGAGCCGGAGUCCACCCACCAGGGAGCUGGAAAAGCGUAGAAGCCGAUCACCUAGAAAAAAUGACAAAGACCUCGAUGAAAACAUCUUGAGUGAAAUCUCCAAGUUGCCGGAGCCAAGUGAACUCUGGGACAGUCAGAAUCAGUUUGGGGAUGGAUUCGGUGGACCACCAGCUCCAGGAACGUUCCCACCAGAGGGUGUCCCACCAAGUCAGUUCAAUCCUAACUACACGUCUACAUACUCCGGAAUCUAUGAUGACUUCCCAUCACUGACAUCGCUGCCUCAAUCGUCUCAUCCUGCAGAAAUGGCAUCUUGGAAUCAAAUGUCCUUACCUCCAGCCCCAGCGCCGCCAGCUUUCAUCCCUAAUGUCGAAGACCAAAUCAAAAAAGAAGCUGCAAUAGAAUCAGAAAUGCGUCAUCAGAAGGCAGCUUUGUCGAAACAGCGCGAAGAUUACAUAAAAAAGGCGGGAAUAUUGAAAAAGGAGUUGGAUACGCUGAAAGACCAGAGAAAUGAACUGCGAGGGGACGCCAAGAGAUCCCCGAGCCCUGACACUAAGAGGUUCCUCAAGGAAAAUACCAAGUUACAGUUGGAGAUCCAGAAUAAGCUGAAGACGAUCAACAACGUCGUGGACAUGCUGAAUGGCAUCAUCGGGGAAGAGGCACACCAUCAUCAUGAAGUUCAUGAUUCUGACGACUCGGACCAUGGAUCCAAGCGGAAAUCCAGGUCACCCUCGAAUCACAAGUUCAACUACGUGUAUUAUGAUCCCGAAAUGCAUUGGUGCCGUGUCUGUAACGAAUUCCCGCCGACUGCUAAGGAUUAUCUCAACCAUUUGCAUUCGCCGGCGCAUCACAAAAUGGCCGCGGCACACAUGGAGGCCCCGUGGCACAGCGUGACGGGCGUCAACGAGGGCUUCCCCAGCCUCCCGAGCGCCCCCACCAAACGCACGCCCAUACGAGGUCUCCAGUUCUUCGUGCCCUCGACGGCGUGGUACUGCAAGCUGUGCGACCAGUUCAUCGGAGACCUUCAUUGUGCCUCCGCUCAUCUCAAGUCUAUCAUACAUUCCAAAAACUAUCAGAACUUCGUAGAACAGAACCCUCACUGGGAAACAGACUGGGUUUCAGACAGACAGAAGGCAUUUGAGAAAUCCAGGGCCAGCAAGAAAGAGACGGAGAAACCUCAACAAUACACCUCUCACACAAUCACGUUCAGCAAAGACGGCUUCCAUACAAAGUCUAAGGACCUGCCGCCUGAAGAUGAGAAGAAGAAGAAGAAAGAUAAGAAGAAGAAAGCUAAGAGGAAGCCUAGUAGCAGCAGCUCCUCUAGUGAUUCAAGCAGUUCCGAUAGUGAUACUAAGAAGAAAAAAGCCAAAGCUAAGAAACCGAAGGCGAAGGGGGAGAAAGAGAAGGCACUAUCGGAGUUCAUGUCGGCAAUUCAGAUGGAGAUUCUGAACGAAAAUGACCGGAAACUGCUCAACAAUAUCAAAAAUAGAAUGAAAAGUGAAAAGGAGCAGAAUGAAGACAAACGCGAACGAUCAGUCUCAGUUUCUACUAGAAAGAAUCGUUCCCCCAGCAGCCGCCGCUCGCGUUCUCCUCGCCGCGAGAGAGAUCGCUCCUCUCCUCGCUCGCGACACGACAGAGACAGAGAGAGAGAGCGGGACAGAGAGGAGAGAAGGCGCGACCGAACUCCGCCUCGAGACGAAAAGAAACCUGAGAUUAAGAAAAUGCCUUUUAUUGGUAAAAUGCCGGUAUAUAAGAAUAUGGUGAAGAAUAGUAAAAUCGAGGAUCAAAAGAAAGAAGAACUGAAGAAGAAGGAUGACGAAGAAGAAGCUUCCAAGAAAAGAAGAGAGGAGAUGGAUGCGGAAAUACAGAAAAAGGUGGCGGAGUUCAAAGAGAAGAUAGCAAAGGCACAGAAGGAGCGGCAGCAGCAGCUGGAGAUGCCGCCGCCGGCGCUGGCGCUGCCCACCGCGCUGGGCUCCGCGCAGCCCGCGCCCAGCCUACCCGCGCCUGCGCUGCCGCCCGUGCCAACACCACAGCCGAGUUUACCCAAAGACCUUCAAGAAGCGCUAGACAUCAUAUUCCCUAGCGACGUGAAACCUGACCUGAAUCAAGUCAGUCAGGACAUUCUAGCAGCAAUGCCGCCCAUCCCGGGAUUCCCGUUGGGAAUGCCGGCGUUCCCGUCAAUACCGUUGAUGCAGCCCCAAAUCCCGGGAAUGUUCAGCUUUGAUCUGAACCCAACACUAUUCCCGCCUAGACCGCAACUAUACGACACUCAUGUACCCCUAGUUCCCAGCCCGAAGCCGAGGACUCAAAAACAUAAUAACAGAAACAAAAAUCACGACCUCAAGAAUGUCCAAGUGCAAAAGCAGAAAGCUGCGCCAGCUAAAGCGCUUGUCAAAAGUGAGGAAGCAGCAAAAGACGCUAGGAUCAAAGAAGAAUUGGAUGAUUUGGCCAUGCUGGGCAUAGACGCGUCCGACGUCGGCGCGGGCAUGUAGUGAUGACAUUCGUACGGGAUACAAUGUGAUAAGUGAUUUAUUUACUUUGUUCUGUGUUAUUUUGUCGCAAUCAGAUGUUAAUUCAAAUUAUUCCAAUUCCUUUAUUCAAUGAUAGGACAUUUCUGACUUUCUUAGGUCGACUGUACAAUUCAAAUGGAAGGUUAAAAUGUUGCUUCUAUUUUUGCUACUAGGCCGAAGUUAAUAAUUUAUUUCUUUUUUCUUUUCCUGACAUUCUGACGAAUUUAAAAAAUUCAAAUCCCAUGUAAAGGUGUGCGUUAUACAUCGUUUCCAAAUCAUAUAAUAAUAUACGAAAGAACAUAUAAUGACCUCUUAUUCAAAAAAUUACAGGCCUUAGUCAAAAUAUGUUUUGUCUCUUUCUGUCAUAGUGUGAUAGUGACAAAACUAUAACAUGUUGUAAUUUUUUCACGAAUAAGAGGACUUCUUGUAUAUAUUUUUUUCAAUUUUUAUUUUGCCAUCACGUUUCAGGGCACUGUCCGUUUUUACUCUUGACUAGUAAUUAAGUAAGUAUACUUACCUAGUUUAUAUUCAAUCAAUCAAACUUACAAAAAUAAUAGGAUCUGUGAUGGAAACGUGGACUUAUAAUUGAAUAAUUAUAAUCAUAUACGGAUACUACCAAUAUUAACGCUAUACAAAUAAGUUUUGGUUAUGAAAAGGAAACCUCGGCUGUUUACUAAAUGUAAGCUAAAAGCUAAAUAUUGUACGUACAAUUGCGUAACGUUCAGAAUGCGGUUAUGACGUAUCCGACAAUUUAAAAAAUCGUAACGUUGACAUGGCGUUUUACGAAAAUGUUUUUCAAGUAAAAGCAAAGAAAAGUAAAUUCAAAUUCAAAUUCAAAAUUCUUUAUUCAAUUUAGGAUGAUUACAUCACUUAUUGACGUCAAAAAAAUUACUUAAACUAAGUCUACUGCCGGCUUCCAAAGCGCAGGUGAAGAAGAAGCGGCGCAACAAACUUCACCGCAGCCUUUUCUCCAAGGACGUCAAUUAACAAAUAUAGGUCUUAUACAUAUAUUAAAAAUUAGGAGGACGAAUUUACAUCAUUAUUAAAAAUGUCAAAAUUUGAAUAAAUAAAUAAAAUAAAAGUUGUAUUUCCAAUAAAAUUAUUGAAAAUUGUCACACAAUAUAUAUAUAUAUAUAUAUAUAUAUAUAUAUAUAUAUAUAUAUAUAUAUAUAUAAUAAAAAGCUAAAUGUACAAAACGUACGUAAUAAUGUCAUAAAUCAAUUAUAUAUCUUAUGAGGAUACUGCACCAUGCUUGGGCCAGACAUUAUUGUCGUUCACAUAAUCAUCAGACUUGUAAUAUGCCUUUUUACAAAGUACUUCUUUUAUAUAAUUUCUAAAUUUUUUGUAAAGACGACGGGCUAUCGUAGACCAAAUAGAUGAUAACCUUUUUGGCCAAAUCCUGCAUCCCAUUCAAAGGAGAAGAUUGGCCUUAUAAAACUGGGUACACUAUACGACAUCCAAAGGAGGAUAUGGAGUGGUCCUAUUCUAAGGCGGGACCAUACGCCAAAUAAUACUAUUUGACACUUUCAGGCGAUUGACGCAUUGUGAGCGCUGCGCAACUGUAAUAAGAAUUGUUAUUGACUGGUGAAUGCGAUCACACAUUUUGCCAAAAACUCGUUGAGAGUUUAUAGUGUAUGUAUAUUUUUUCUAUGAUAAUAAAUGUCAUACUUGCAAGAAA